UGUGAAUAAUUUCCAUUGGUCGGCUACAACUUCAGUGGGGGUUGCGUUAUACGAAUGCUGAAGCGGAUGCUUUUUAGCGUUAGAAUUUUACAGUUUCGCUGAGACCUCUCGACCGAUCAUAUCUAGAAAGUUAAGCUAGAACUUUGUUAACUAUGUUGUAGUUGAAAGUCUCGACGUUUGCCUUUUAGUUUGCCACUACGAAAUCGAAAAGUUGUUUCAACAGUAUUGCCGUUUUAGUGGAGAAAUCUUAAACAGUAUUAUACGCUUAGACUGUAUUUGUCAUGUUGGAAAAUUGAUAUUUUUUUAUUUGGAUUAUGUACUCACUUAUAAUGUAGACAGAGGAGAAAGAAAAAUUAAUCAGAGGUAGUGAUAAACCACGUUGGUGAUUGUGCCGUAGAAUACACUUAUUCGGGCUCAAUGAAUAAAGGUAUAAAAUCGAUGAAUACCGUAUGCGGCUCCGUGGAGUUCGGUCUUCGCGUAAUCGGUGUAUGGCCGGGUACGUCGUAUGCAAUUUUGCGCAGAGUCUGCUGCGUAUUUUCGAUGGCGGUGUUUCAAACCUUUCAGUAUCGGUACUUGAUCGUGCACUUUAGCGAGAGCAAUAUUUUCCUUCUCAUGGACGUGAUGAGCGCAACCCUGACUUAUAGUCUUCUGUUUAUUAAACUGAUUAUUAUUAUGUUCAACGUUCGUCUGCUGGACGAUAUCAUAGCACACGUGGUCGAAGACUGGAAGAAUUGUGAUGUUUCGGACGAGUACACGAUGAACAGAAUGGCCAACAUUUCUCGUUGGUUCUCCAACUUGAUAAUCGGUUCGCACGCAGUAUCGGUAUUCCUUUAUGCGAUCGGUACUUUGUUGAAAAUCGAGACUCGAGAGCUUAUUCUUAAAAUGGAAUUACCUUUCAAGAUGGAAAGCACGUUAGUAUAUCUUUCCGUUCUCGUUACGCAGUUCGUUCAUCAGGUAAGUGCGGCCAGUAUGAUGGCUGUGCUAAAUUGCUUGCUGCUCACGCUGGUUCUUCAUGCAUGCGGCCAGAUUGAUAUAAUGCGGCAGAAACUGAGUGAAAUCACGGGGAAGAACGUCGAGCGAGAUGCAAAUGAGAGUGUCGCGAAAAUGCUAAUCGUUCGCCAUCAAAAGAUUAUCUCCUUCUCCAAGAAUAUUGAGACUCUCUUCUCGAACAUAGCGCUAUUACAAUUCGUAUCGAACACUUUGGUCCUCUGUUCCCUAGGAUUUCUCAUCGUGAUCUCCAUUGGUGUCCCAGGCGGAUCGGGUAUGCUAGUUAAGUCCGUGUUCUUUUACAUUUUAGUCAAUUUGGAGGCAUUUAUAUAUUGCUUUCUUGGAGAGUACCUCAGUACGAAAAGUAAAAUGAUCGGCGACGCGGCUUACGAAGCGCUUUGGUACGAAUUAAAUCCAAUUCAGAAUCGAGAUAUCCUCUUUAUAAUUGUAAGAUCACAGAAGUACUUGACGCUAACGAUCGGAAAGGUCGCGGAUCUUUCGCUGAGGCAAUUUACUAACAUCGUGAAAGCCUCGGCGUCAUACAUGUCGGUGUUACACGCGAUGUAUUGAAGCCUAAACAUACUUUAUGCCCCUCUUAUAUCUUCGCGUGCAAAAGGAUAUAGUACUUUUACUACCGCCAGCCGGUUACGUGAUUAGCAAUUUUCCUAUUCAGAGACUCAAUGGGGUUUCACAUAAGAUGUAUGUAUAAUAUAAAAGUAGACGAGUAGGGAUAUGGUGUCUUGAAAGAAUGAUUUGAAACAUUUUGACGAAUUAAUCUUGUCGGUUGAUGUACUUUUCCACAGUUGAUGAUAAAAUAAAAGCAUUAAAUCGAAUAUUUAAUUUAAUUAUUCAGAUUUAGAAGAUUAUCUGUGCAUGCGUGUUACGUGUGUGUGUGUGUGUGUGUGUGUGUGUGUGUGUGUGUGUGUGUGUGUGUGUGUGUUUAAACUAAUUAAAUAUAUAAAUAUAUAUAUACGCGUGUGCACAUUAAAGGUAUGUUUAAAAUUAUUUUUAUUUUUAAACAAUAAAAAAUUGGAAAUAAGGUUUUUAUUUCUAACUUUCUUUUCUUUAAAAAUGCUACAUAAUUGAAUUAAUCGCUAAACAAAAUGACAAGUGGUUUCUUAUUUAAUAAUGUACAUAUCAUAAUUGAUCAUAAUUGUAUCAUAAUUUUAUAUCUUUUGUACAUAAUUUAUUAUACGAGUAUAUAUUAUAAAAUACGUAUCAAUAUAUUUUAUUGUAGUAUUA